AACUACUCCCUGAGCCCCUUAUCAUAGUGAGCCCUGAGAAGCUGAGUGCUAUAUAAACUGGACCUAGGAAACUAACGGGUCAUAGAAAAUCGGAUUAUGCAUGCCACUGCAUUUGCCAAAGAGAGACAACAUGAAAUGCCUUAUUGCACCUUCCAUUCUUGUGACCAUCUUUCUGGUUCCAGCUCUGACGCUGACAAAUACUAGUGACAGUCAUCCUCUGGAUGGCUCUGUGGGGACCCAGACUAUCCAUGUCGAUACCCUCAGAGGUGUGGUCAGCAUCCAAGACAACAACGUUCUGAGUGAAUGGAACGGAAUCGUGGACUACAAGAAUGCCCUCUGGGCAGCUAAGCUGUUUAGCAAGAUGGCCUGUGUCCUGGCCAAGAUAGACCCAGCAGCCUUCCCAAGUAUGGAUGAUAUUACCCAGGCCCUGGGCAAGCAGGCUUCUGGUCACUACCCACCGACACGUGGACUGACCUACACAGUUUUACCCAGCCGAAUCAAAAACUUGGCCCAAUACGGAGUACCAGUCAAAGACCUGUGCAGAGCGGUCCCCGCCUACUUUGCUCAGCAGCAAAAAGAAGGUACCGCCCUCGCAAUGGACCCAGACUCCUGUUCUGAGCUCCAGCUUCUAUCCAUCAUGGGCCUGUCCAUCUGUGGUGAGAUCCCUGGGCUCUGAACCUCUAUGUCAGCCAUACUGGACAAGCCUGGUCCAGGCUCUGCCAGUGGGAAGUGUCUCACUGCAGCCCUUGGCACUCCACACGUUGACUUCCCAUGCAGCCCUGUGAUCUGGGGGGAACAGGUGCAUUUCCACCUUGUAUGAAGAAUAAUAAAGUUCCAGUGU